UCCUAACUCUAAUAUUUUCCUUAUCCUUAGCUCCAUUACUUGCCACAGCCCAGGUGAAACCAGGAGAGACCCAAGAGGAAGAGGCUAACUCAGGAGAGGAGCCAUUUCUUGAAACUCGCCAGGAUGGUGUCUCUCGCAGAUUCAUCCCCCCAGCCAGUCCAUCCAGGCCAACCUUCGUGCUGAGUGCCCCUGUGGAAGACCAGCAUGGCCUUCCCUUGGGAGAGAGGAUGAUGUCUACAGAAAGUGCCAACAGCUUCACUCUGAUUGGGGAGGCAUCUGAUGGCGGCACCAUGGAGAAUCUCAGCCGAAGACUGAAGGUCACUGGGGACCUUUUUGACAUCAUGUCAGGCCAGACCGAUGUGGAUCACCCGCUGUGUGAGGAAUGCACAGACACUCUUUUAGACCAACUGGACACUCAGCUCAACGUCACUGAAAAUGAGUGUCAGAACUACAAACGCUGUUUAGAGCUCUUAGAGCAGAUGAAUGAGGACGACAGUGAACAGCUACAGAGGGAGCUAAAGGAGCUGGCAUUAGAGGAGGAGAGGCUGAUCCAGGAGCUGGAAGAUGUGGAAAAGAACCGCAAGAUAGUGGCAGAAAAUCUCGAGAAGGUCCAGGCUGAGGCUGAGAGACUGGAUCAGGAGGAAGCUCAGUGAGUGGUCACCCUGUUCCUCUGUCUUCCUGGCCUCGACACUCCAGGAGGAGAAGUGGCUUCUCACUGACUGUGUCUGAGUAGUUUGUGAGCUGCAGUCACCUGUCAUUUGGCAGCUUGUCUGCUCCAGAUCCCACAUACUGUUUCCAGGCCCUAUUUCUUGAGGGCUUUUGGGAGGGUUCUGUAUGAGGGGCCCACCUAAUUAAGUGAAAAAAGCAUGUCGGUUAAAUAGAGAGCAGAGAAACGAGGGUUCUAGUUGCCUUUCUGCCGUGUAGGGAACUGUAAGUCAGCCACCCAACCUGGCAUCCUCCUCUGGAAAGAUGAGCAUGUUGGCCUACAUUCGUUCCUUCCCGGCCCAAAAAUUUCACUGGUGAUCUUUUUUUAAUUUUUUUUUUUAA